AUGACUGUAGUUGGAAAGGAAACGUCACACGAAGUAUUAAAAAAAGAUCAAGAAUUUAGUUUUCGUGAAGGCUUUAGAAUGCAAGUGCCGACACAUCUUAUAUUUAAGAACGGUGCGAAUUCUGAGAAAAAUAAUAAAAUAAUAAGAGAUUAUCUCACUGGAAAAUUAAAAUAUCUUAUAAGUAGACUACAAAAAAAUAUUGUUGAAGCUAUAGAUCUUAAUAUAGGUGAAUGUGUUG